AUGACAGUAGAGAAAUAUGUGGAGAUCUUUAUUGAGAAGUCGCGAUUUGCGGARCACCAAGUGAAUACCGAGAUGAGGAAAGUAAAUCGGUUUGUUGACGGACUGAAAAGGGAACUUAGGAGGCUUGUUGGAAUGUCAAAACCUACUACCUUUCAAGAUGCGGUAGAACUAGCCACCCUUGCUGAAAAGGACAGUUAUGUCCCGGAUGCAUCUAAGAAAAAAAAGAUCAAUCAAGCUGGCCCAGAAAAAUUCAAGAGAACUCAAGCCUUUGGGGAGAAAGGUGGGGCAAUGUCUCCGUGCGCCACAUGUGGAAGGAACCAUCCAGGCGAAUGCAGGUUUGGCAAGGGAGUUUGCUUUACUUGUGGAAAGCCUGGGCACUUGUCAAAAGAAUGCAAGGCUAGACCUAUCUGCUACUCGUGUGGAGAUCCCGGGCACCGCCAAAGGGAAUGCCCCAAGAAGAACACAGAGCCACCAAGGCCGCUCGGAGGAUCAAGCGGAAAGAAACCGGAUGCGCCAAAGGGGAAGGAUCGAGUCUUCCAGAUGACUGCGGAAGAAGCAAAGGACGCACCCGACAUAGUGACAGGUACAUUUCUAGUAAACAAAAUACCUGCAAGAGUGUUAUUUGAUUCGAAUGCAAAUAAAUCUUUUGUCUCCACUAAGUUUUGCAUGCGAUUCGGAAGGUCUCCUACGCUACUUAGUCAAAACUUAGAGGUCGAAACUGCUGAUGGUAACAUCACCAUGGCUCACAUUAUUUGUUUCAAGAAACAAAUUCGAGUGAGAAAUAAGGAUGGGAAUGAGAUCACUGUGUACGGUAGUCGGCCUGGCAACCACGUUAACCUCAUAUCAGUAAUCAAAGCUAGGAGAUGUAUUCAUAAAGGAUGUGAGACGUACUUAGCAUACGUUGUAAACCCUAAUAUCGAAAAAGGAUCUAUAGAAGAGGUCCUGGUGGCUCGGGAAUUCCCUGAUUUGUUCCCUGACAACCUACCAGAGGUACCUCCUGAAAGGCAGGUCGAGUUUAGGAUCGAUUUGACACCCGGAGCCACACCGAUUGCUAAAUCAGCAUAUCGACUAGCACCAUCGGAGAUGAAAGAACUGAUGACCCAAAUCCAGGAAUUGUUGGAUAAAGGGUUCAUCCGACUGAGUUCAUCCCCAUGGGGAGCCCAGUGCUAUUUGUGA